GAAAACGUCGUCGUAUCAAGACUCACCACUCACGAAGUUUCCGUCCUUCGUUUUAGAGUCGGCUUGGCGAAAAUUACUAUCUCUCUCUCUCUUAAUUGGUUUUGGUUCCUUUCUUGCUGCUGUGAAAUUUGUUGUUUAGCUGCCUUUGUACGCGUGAAUCAUCCAAAUUCGUAAUCUUGUUUUCGCCUCUGAAGAAUCAAUCUCUCUUCUUCUGUUAUCUCAAGUUUUAGGGUUAACCCCGAUCAACAUCUUUUGGGCUCCAAAUCGAAGCGUUUAGUAAGAAAUAAGAGUAAUCUUAGGGUUUCCGUGGGGGGUGGAAUUGUGUAUUGGUAAUCUAGGUUUUAGCUCAAGAACAUGUUUUUCCCCGGCGAUCCUUCGACUCGGAAGCGAGUUGAUUUAGGUGGCCGUAGCACCAAGGAGAGAGAUACUCGGAAGCUUCUCGAGCAGACUAGAAUGGAGCGUAAUCGUCGGUUGUUACAGAAGCAGCAGAACUCUGCUGCCCUCAAAAUUCAGAAAUUCUUUCGAGGUAGAAGAUCAAUGGCCAUCGAGCGCGCUAAGGUGCGGCAUGAUUUCUGCGAAACCUAUGGGAAUAAUUGCCAGAAUGUCGAUAGACAUUGCUUUGAGCCAAGUUCAAGUUUCCUCCGUCAGCUUCUAUUUUUUAUCAAGGCACAAAACUCGGGAGAUUUUGUGAUACUUGUGGAGACUUGUCGGCUUAUGAACAAUUUCGUUCACAGCACUGGUGACAUUGUCGGCCUUUUUUCUGGAUUGGACUAUUCCGCUGAGCAUAAUUUGGUGGACUUUAGAGUAAAGAAACUUGCAUUGACCUGCAUCGAGGCUAUACACCAGAAUAGGAACCUUUUAAGGGAUCAGCUCUUAGUUACUCCUGAAGAAGCUAGCAUUUCAACAGCUAUCUUGAUGGAGGCAAUGGCGUUGUUGCUAGAUCCUAAGCUGCCUUGGGUUUGCAAAAUAAUUAGCUAUCUCCAAAAGAGAAACAUAUUCAAACUGGUCCGAGAAAUGGUCACUACGGCUAAGGAAAGCCCAAGUGGUCAGACUAUGACCGGCAGCAUCCUUUCACUAGAAAGAAUAUUGAUACUGAUACUACCACAUAUUGGCCGUGAGCCAUGUUGCUGCCCUGAUGUUGAUCCACGUUGGAGUUUCUCAUCUAUGAUCCUUACAAUACCUUUCAUAUGGCAGCUCUUCCCAAACUUGAAAGUGGUCUUUGCCAGCCCAAGUCUAAGUCAACACUACAUUCACCAGAUGGCUUUCUGUAUUCAAAAGGGUACUUGUGUUCUCCCAAGUGAAACAAGCCUGGAAUUCCCUGGUUAUGCUUGCCUGCUUGGUAAUACGUUGGACACCGCAAAUGUGGUGUUGUCACUACCUGAAUGUUCAUUGGACUUGGCAAUUGACAUUGCAUCAGUUGCAACUUUCUUAUUGGAGACGCUUCCUCCUGUGAAAUCAUCAGAAAAAGAAAGCAGUCAGAGUUCCCCUGAUGAGGAUGAUAUGUUGAUUGACGCUGUACCAGAAGUAGUCUUGAAUAGGGAUCUGGAGCAGCAGAUAACCAAUGCUAUAGACUCACGUUUUCUUCUGCAGUUAACAAAUGUUUUGUUCCAUCAAAGUGGUUUAACAUUGUCGUUGAUGAUCAGGCAUAUGCUAAUGAUAGUUGACAAUGAAGAGUUCUAUGAACGAGAGAAGCCAUUAUCGCUACAAGAUAUCAGGUUGCUGAUCAUUAUUCUUAAGCAGGCUUUAUGGCAGUUACUAUGGGUAAGUCCACUUGCGCAACCUAACACUGGGAAAUCUGUCUCCAACGACCUCUCGAAUAAGAACCCUGUUGAGUUGAUUCAGAACAGGGUUGGGGUUGUUGUCUCUGAGUUGCUUUCACAGUUGCAAGAUUGGAACAACCGGCAACAAUUCACUUCCUCGAGUGACUUCCAAGCUGACACUGUGAAUGAAUAUUUCAUCUCUCAGGCCAUAAUUGAAGGUACGAGAGCCAACUACAUACUGAUGCAAGCUCCUUUCUUGAUUCCGUUUACAAGCAGAGUCAAAAUAUUCACAACACAAUUAGCAACAGCAAGGCAGAGUCAUGGAUCUCAAGGAAUUUUUUCUCGAAAUCGGUUCAGAAUACGAAGAGAUCAUAUCUUGGAAGAUGCUUACAAUCAAAUGAGUCAAUUGUCAGAGGAUGAUCUUCGGGGGUCGAUUCGUGUGACAUUUGUCAAUGAACUCGGAGUUGAGGAAGCUGGUAUUGAUGGUGGUGGCAUUUUCAAAGACUUCAUGGAAAAAAUUACCCGAGCAGCUUUUGAUGUGCAAUACGGGUUGUUUAAGGAGACCUCUGAUCACAUGCUAUAUCCUAAUCCUGGAUCAGGAAUGAUACAUGAACAGCACCUCCAGUUCUUUCAUUUUCUCGGCAGUCUUCUCGCAAAAGCUAUGUUUGAAGGGAUUCUAGUUGAUAUACCAUUUGCAACGUUUUUCCUCAGCAAAUUGAAACAAAAGUACAACUAUUUGAACGAUUUGCCUUCUCUGGAUCCUGAGUUGUAUAGGCACCUUAUAUUCCUGAAGCGUUUUAAGGGUGAUAUCUCAGAGUUGGAGCUUUACUUUGUUAUUUUGAAUAAUGAAUAUGGAGAGAGGACAGAGGAAGAGUUACUUCCAGGGGGGAAUGACAUGCGAGUGACAAAUGAGAAUGUUAUAACUUUCAUUCAUCUGGUUUCCAAUCAUCGGUUAAAUUAUCAGAUACGCCAGCAGAGUUCUCAUUUCCUGAGGGGGUUUCAGCAACUCAUUCCAAAAGAAUGGAUCGACAUGUUCAAUGAACAUGAACUUCAGGUUCUCAUAUCUGGUUCAGUUGAUAGUUUGGAUAUUGACGACUUGCGAAACAACACUAAUUAUGCUGGAGGCUACCACGCGGGACAUUAUGUGAUCGAUAUGUUCUGGGAAGUUAUGAAAAGCUUCUCAACUGAAAACCAGAAGAAGUUCUUAAAGUUUGUGACGGGCUGUUCACGAGGGCCACUGCUCGGUUUCAAAUACUUGGAACCUGCAUUCUGCAUACAAAGGGCUGCUGGUAGUGCGAGUAACGAAUCAGUUGAUAGACUACCGACAGCAGCCACUUGUAUGAACCUUCUGAAGCUUCCGCCUUAUCAAAGCAAAGAGCUACUAGAGACCAAGUUGAUGUACGCCAUAAGCGCAGAAGCGGGUUUUGAUCUGAGCUGAAUAGCGCUUCCUGCCUUAAAAGACAAGACUAUCAUGGCCCCAAAUCGACCAGGCUUUCACCCUUUUAUUUAAAUUUUUCUAGCGUUCCCUGUUAUGGUCCAAAAUCGUUACCCUGUUAGGCUGAUGUGGAGGCUGAAGAAUGUGUUGGCUCUAAAGGAAUCUAAGAGACGGAUGUAGAGGGGAACGUGUACUGGAUAUUAUUAACUAACGGGAUUCAUUUGCAGCUCAGGUCUUCUUUAAAAAAAAAAUGUGAGAACAAAAAGAAGUGAUUACUGGGGAAGUCGUAUUCGGAAGGUGCCUGAGAGUUAAAAAUUCAGUGACAGAUGAUGGGGAAAAGAUAUAAAAAUAAGCGUUAAAUAAGACUGGUCUUUUAGUGCGUUAGAGUGGAACUAAAAAAAAAUGCUGUAAAUUAUUUGCUUAUUUCCAUGUUACAAUGAUAAAAUUUGUAAAUUAUUUGCAUCGUACCACGUCUUGUAGAGCUUUGACCCUCUUUUUUUU